GAAAUAGAAAUGAAUCGAGGUUAUUACACACAUAUAUAAAGUCAUAUAUACGUUAAAAUUUAUAAUUUAUAAGUGAAAUUAAGUGUGGUCAUUACAGACAUAUAUCAAGUUAUAUAUACGUUUUGAUUAAAAUUAUAUAAAGUGAAAUUAAAUGUGGUUAUUGUCGACAUUUUUAAAGUGGUAUAUACUUACAAAUAUAUGAUAUAUUAAGUACAGAUUGAAAUAGAAGGUCACCAUGGUGGAACUUAGCUGCGGGAAAUCAUGUAUGAAGUACAUUCUGUUUGUGAUCAACUUCAUAUUCUUUGUACUGGGUGCUGCGGCGUUCGGUUUGGGGAUAUGGGCUCUGGUGGACAAGAACAAGAUGAAUGUCCUCACCAAGGUCGGAGCAGCCGACUCAAACUUUGAUGUCACAGGUUUACUGGAAUCCGCCGCCAUUGUACUGCUGGUGGGUGGUGCAUGUAUUCUGGUGAUCGGGUUCCUUGGAUGUUGUGGCGCCUUUAAACAGAGUCAGUGCUUGCUCUGUCUGUACGCUAUCUGCCUUCUGCUGAUCGUCAUCAUUGAGCUUGCUGCCAUCGUUAUUGCUGCUGUGUUUAGAGGAAAGGUGACCACCGAAGUCAAGGGCUUCCUGAAGGACAACAUAAAGACAACAUACCAAGGCAAGGUGGAUACAAACGAGGAAUUCUCCAUCGGCCUCGACUACGCCCAGGUUUAUUUUCAAUGCUGCGGUAUAGACGGAUCGCAGGACUUCAACAACGCGACCAAAUGGAACCGGACCGCGACCGACCCCUCCAAAGGUCCUAUGGUUAUCCCACCUACAUGCUGUAAAAUGAACUCCGACAAAUUCCUGAAGGAUCAAGUGGCUGAACUCGAAGACACGGACUGUCCAUGGGUGCCAACCACUACCAACUCAAACCAAAAUAAGGCGUGCUGGGAUUCCAUAGAGAAGUAUUUGAAGGACCGGAUCUCAGUUGUUAUUGGUAUUGCUGCAGGAAUCCUGGUUUUAGAGUUGAUCUGCGUCGUGUUUGCAUGUUGCAUUAUCAGUGCCAUCCGGAAGGAUUCUGUGUAGACUGGUGAACCGUUUGCAGAGGAAAUGGAACUUUAAGAACUUGUUUCUGUUUUGUGGAAAUUACGAUGAAUAACUAUUGCAAGGCAGGACAAUUAUGGAACUACAGAUCUGACAUUUUUAAACAAAACAAAAGGAAAAUUGUUUCUGAAAGCCCAUAAAUGGUUUUACAAAGAGGAGAAUUAAUUAAGAACCAUACAAUAUGCACGUUUAUGAAUUCUUUGUUACUAGAGUAACACUUAAAUACCUCAUACCAACAAUUAUUAUUUGUAUCAAUUCAGAAUUUAACCUUUGUUACUGUUUGUUUCUUCUCAUAUUUCAUAUCACUGUAUCAUCCUAGUUUUAUUGGUAUUGUUACUUUUAUAUUCACGACUUAUGUAAUAAAAAUGUUAAACAUU